AUGGAUGUUGUCUUCCAUGAAGAAUUGAUGUAUUUUUCUUCUGAGCCUGAACUUCAGGGGGAGUAUUGUCAAGAAGAAAUUCAGACUCUUGACUAUGUUGUUCAAGAUGUGGGAGACUAUGAGUCUCAAACUAGACCUGUUGAAACUAGUAUGUCAGUAUGUCAACCAGCUUAUACACCAAUUGAAAAAGGUUUGAAAUUGGGAGUCGAAGUUGAUCAAGUACCAGUUGACAAAGGGAGAUACCAGCGACUUGUGGGAAGAUUGAUGUACUUAUCUCACACUAGGCCAAAUCUUGCUUAUGCAUUAAGUGUAGUUAGUCAGUUCAUUCACAAUCCUGGAGAACAACAUAUGAAUGCAGUCACGCGUAUCUUAAGGUAUUUAGAACAUGCUCCUGGAAAGGGAAUCUUAUUUACUAAAAAUAAGGACUACCAAAAUGUAAAUGCAUAUACUGAUGCUGAUUGGGCUAGAGUAGUGGCUGACAGACGAUCUACUUCUGGUUAUUUCACUUUUGUAGGUGGUAAUCUAGUCACUUGGAGAAGCAAAAAACAGAAUGUUGUGGCACGCUUAAGCGCCGAAGCAAAAUUUAGAGGAAUUGCACUAGGGAUUUGUGAAGCUUUGUGGCUAAGAUUUCUCCUGCAAAAUUUGGGCUAUCAAUCAAUCUAG